UGCCGGUCCGGAAUUCGGAGAUGGAAUCGCUUGACCCGAAGCAGUACUUUGAGACCGAGCCGGCCGCCCCCACGUCGUACGUUGAGGCGCUAGCGCUCGAGGAAGACGACGAUGACGACGGCGAUGGCCAGGACGCCAAGGACGACCUUGGCGACGACGGCUCGCCCAAGGCGAAGAGGGCCAAGCUCGGCCCACCGCAGCGCCGCCAAGUCUACGCGAAAAAAGGUAGUCGUUGCCAAGGCUGCUGUUUACCACCUUGAUCGAUUAGUCAAGUGCGUGGACGCAGAACACGUCCGGCAAAAGACCGCCAAGUGCACGGUCUGCGGCGUCUGUCGCUUCUGCCCUGCCGGCGCCGACGAGUGCGCGGCCAACCACCGCGUGCUGCGGCCGAUGACCAACAAGACGCGCGCGCCGCGUGCCAAAGUGCUCUUGUGCGAGAACGAGGAACACCACCACAAGAAGACGCACCGCGGCAAGUGCGUGCGCUGCCUCAAGUGCAAGUGGUGCCCGCCCGUCAUUGACGAGUGCAAGGAGUUCCACGUCGACCCCGAGACGUCCAUGACACCCACAAAAGUUAAACACACGGUCAAGCUCGAGUCGAUUCUGUCGAUUCUCGACAUUGCCAAGGGCAAACUUGUCCAAGUCAAGCCCCGGGACAUUGCGUCCUCGACGCCCAAGCGCCGGCUCGCGUGCGAACUCAUGACGCACGUUGUGCACUCGGUCGCGCACCUCCUUGUCGAGCCGAAUAGGAAAAAACCCGACGUGACCAUCGAAGGGUUGAGCACGCUCUUGGACGACCUGCGGCGCGACUUGCGCGGCCAUCCACCGGCGAUGGAGCACUUUGUCGGUAGCCGCCACAGCAGCGGCAGCAGCAGCGCGAGCUCCGAGACGUCGCAAGUCAUGUCAAUUAUUCUAUGAAAACGUGAUCAGCGCUGGCACACCGACACUGAAUCUGAAUCUGAAUAUGGAAGCCAUUGGCUGAAUACACGUGAGAAUAUACUGGUGCCACGGUG